GGGAUUCUAGAUUGAGCUAAGACGUGGAUCCAACGUGUCACAAUUAUCAACCAUCAAACUUAAUAAUAAUCCAUAACCAACCGUUGGAUCAUCAUAAUACAAGUCAACAAUAUAUUCUCCAUUUAGUAAAAUUGAGUAUAAACCCAAAAAAUCUAGACAUUCAAGCAGAGAACAGUUUCCCACUUUCCUGUUUCUUUCUCCCUCUUAAAAUAAUAAAAUAAAAUAAAACCAAAAAAAAAAAAAAAUGGUCACAAAAAUUAGAAGCACUAUAAAUUCAUCUCAAAUUCCUCUAUUUACUCAAACAAUUAACAAGAGAAACUACUCGUACAUUAUUUCUACAGUAAAAAAUCCAAAUUUGCCAUUUUCUUUCAAUCAAUUUCCUAAAUAUUCUGGGAAAUACUCAAAUUUUCUCUCCUCAAAUUGUUUAAGAUCUUCCAGCAAGUCAAUCAAUCAUCUUCAGCCUUUCUCUGUUAAAUCUUUCCAGAGGGCUGAGAGCCUAGAGAAAGAAAAAGAAAUGACUAUAGCACCAGCUGUUCGAAUUGCAGACGGGAAAGUUAUAGUAAAAGACCGGACCAUCCUAACUGGAGUACCCAAUAAUGUGAUAGCAACAUCCGGUUCAUCAUCUGGUCCGGUUGAGGGAGUUUUCAUAGGGGCUGACUUCGACCAACCUAGCAGCAGCCAUGUGGUGUCAUUAGGUACUCUUAGAGAUGUCCGGUUCAUGGCAUGUUUCCGAUUCAAGUUAUGGUGGAUGGCUCAAAAAAUGGGUGACAAAGGUGGUGACAUCCCUUUGGAAACUCAGUUUUUAUUGGUCGAGACCAAGGAUGGGUCGCACAUUGAAUCAGACAGUGGAGAUGAAGCUAAUCAGAUCAUCUAUGCAGUUUUCCUGCCUUUGGUUGAGGGUUCGUUCAGGGCUUGUCUACAGGGAAAUGCACAAGAUGAAUUGGAGCUUUGUUUAGAGAGUGGGGAUGAUGAGAUCAAGGGGACUUCAUUUACUCAUUCUCUGUUUGUGAGUGCAGGGACUGAUCCCUACGCCACCAUCUUUGAAGCGAUCAAGGCAGUUAAAUCUCAUCUUAAGACGUUUAGGCAACGUCAUGAAAAGAAGUUGCCUGGGAUUAUUGACUACUUUGGGUGGUGUACUUGGGAUGCAUUUUAUAAAGAAGUCACCCAAGAAGGUGUUGAAGCUGGAUUGGCUAGCCUCUCCUCAGGUGGGACCCCGCCUAAGUUUGUGAUCAUUGACGAUGGUUGGCAGUCUGUCGGGGUAGACCCACGAAAGGAAACUUCAUCUGAAGAGAAUAAAGAUAAUUCGGAGGAUGAACCUGUGCCAAGACUAACUGGGAUUAAGGAGAAUGAGAAGUUUCAAAAAAAAGAUGACCCUAGUGUUGGGAUUAAGAACAUAGUUAAUAUAGCUAAGGAAAAAUACGGGUUGAAAUAUGUGUAUGUAUGGCACGCCAUCACAGGAUAUUGGGGUGGAGUCCGCCCUGGGGUUAAGGAGAUGGAGGAGUAUGAGUCACUGAUGAAGUACCCUAAUGUGUCUAAGGGAGUAGUGGAAAAUGAGCCGGUGUGGAAGAGUGACCCUAUGAAGGUGCAGGGAUUAGGAUUAGUGAACCCAAAGAGUGUGUACAAAUUCUAUAAUGACUUGCACAGUUACUUAGCUUCUAAGGGAAUUGAUGGGGUUAAGGUGGAUGUGCAGUGUAUCUUGGAGACCUUAGGCGGAGGGUUUGGUGGUCGAGUGGAGCUCACUAGGCAAUACCACCAAGCUCUUGAUGCUUCCGUGGCUAGGAAUUUUCCAGACAAUGGUUGCAUUGCAUGCAUGAGCCACAAUACUGAUGCAUUGUAUUGCUCAAAACAAACAGCGAUUGUGAGAGCAUCAGAUGAUUUUUUCCCGCGAGACCCUGUGUCGCACACCAUACAUAUUGCAGCCGUGGCUUACAACAGUGUAUUCUUAGGGGAGUUUAUGCAACCUGAUUGGGACAUGUUCCAUUCAGACCACCCUGCCGGUGAAUACCAUGGUUCAGCUAGAGCUAUCAGUGGAGGACCAAUCUAUGCCAGUGAUGCACCUGGAAAGCACAACUUUGAUCUGCUUAGGAAGCUUGUUUUGCCUGAUGGAUCAGUGCUCCGUCCUCGUAUGCCUGGUAGACCCACCCGUGAUUGCUUGUUCAGUGAUCCAGCUCGAGACGGUAAUAGCUUGCUGAAGAUAUGGAACAUGAACAAGUACACUGGUGUGCUAGGAGUGUACAACUGCCAAGGGGCAGCAUGGAGUAUUACUGAGCGAAAGAACAUUUUCCAUCCAACCCGACCCGGAGCCCUAACAGGCGUUGUCCGUGGCCGAGAUAUCCAUCUCAUCACCGAGGCCGCAGUGGACCCCACCGACUGGAACUGGGAUUGUGCUGUCUACCGUCACAAGACUGGUGAGGUUAUCACCUUGCCAUUCAAUGUAUCUCUGCCAGUGUCACUAAAGGUCUUGGAAUGUGAUGUGUUCACUAUAACGCCCAUUAAGGUCUUAGCCCCAGGCAUUAGCUUUGCCCCAUUUGGGCUAAUCAAAAUGUUUAACGCCGGUGGGGCCAUUGACGGGCUAAUCUACCAAGUCAGGAGUGGAGCACGAGUGGAAGAUGGAUCUGCCCAUGGUGAUGAAAUGGUAGGGAAGGUCCAAAUGGAGGUGAAAGGUUGUGGGGUGUUUGGGGCUUACUCUUCAACAAGGCCCAAGAGGUGCCGAGUUGGGUCCGAGGAAGUCAAGUUUGAGUACGAUUCUGGUUCGGGUUUGGUCACUUUGAGUUUGGAUCAAAUGCCAGAGGAGAGUAAGAAGGUUCACAUUGUAGAGGUUGAGCUAUAAGUUAGUUUUUAUAUUAUGUAGUGUUUGUCAUAGUUACUAUGAAUAUAUUCUUUUUCCCUUGCUCCUCGUAUGCUGUAGUGUUGGAGGUGCACAAUAGCAAGGGUUCUAUUCUUGAGUUCCAAGGCCAUAUGUAAACUUUGUUGUUACUACAUUACUGUAAGAUUAUUACAGUAAUAUUACUAUAGUACUGAAUUUGACGUACUCAAAAUUAUAAUGUAGGGCCAGCAUAAUGGCCUCGGGUGCAAGGCAUAUCCGAAGUACUUUAAUACAAAAAGAGAAUUGCAUA